AUGCAAAACCAUGGACAUUCAAACAAUACUCGACCAGAAGCAGUUUGGUCAUUUGGUAUGACUCUUUUGAAUGUUUAUGUUGGAGAUACUGUAUUUUGUUUACGAGGUAUUCGAGCAUUAAAUUCAGUAGCACAUGCGAAAAAAGAUAUAAAAGAAAUAAUAACAAAAACAUUAGAAAAGAAUACAUAUGCUCGACCAGAUAUGAAUCAAUUAUUUCUUUAUCCAUGGUUUUGUGAUAGUUCAUGUUUUGAACGAAUUCAAAAACUUGUUCAUGUAUAAACUGGUAAACUUUUAAAUUUAUCUUAUGAAAGAUGAUUCCUAUUUGUAUGUGUAUGUCUGUGUUACGUUGAUUUUUUGUGUUUCAUUAUUUAAUAUUACGAAUAUCCAUAUUAUUGAAAAGAUUAGUAGCGUAAUCAGG